AUGACUCCUAAACCUAGAAAAAGAAAACCAUAAAAAAAACCUUCUCCUAUUAAAAGCAAAGAUAUUAAGAUUAUUGUAAUAGAUAGUUCGAAGAGAAAUAUAAAAAAAUAAGAAGUGAAAAAAAAGGAAACUAAAAUACAGUUAAGCAAAUUAUAAAAAUUUCAAGCACAAUUGAUUCCUUAAACUAAUGUAGAUCAGAUAAGAUUAAAACAUAUCUCAUGUAAAAUAAUGUGAUUUACUUUAGCUAAAAUUUAGUAGAAUUAUAGAACUUAAAAUCAGUCAUAUUUAUUAAAAAUUAAAAACUAAUAUGAUUAAUAUAAAUCAUUGAUUUUAAAAUAUACUUUGCUAACUGAACUUAAUGAUUUUUCUCUUUCAAAUGAUUUGCUUAGAAAAACUAUUAUAAAUACAUUUAUUAAUCAAAUUUAGUCAAGUUUCAACUUUUAAAAUUAAAAUACAUUACAUUUAAUAGCAAUUGAUUAAAUGAUUUCUAUUUUAUAAAAAAAUAAUGCUUUGACUAAGUAAUUUGAAAUAUAAAAUCUACUUUAACCAGUUUUUAAAUCAAAUAUGAUGGAUUAGGCUUAUAUUAAAUUAAAAAUUUUGAUGUAAUAAAGAAAUAUAUAAAAAUAAUUGGAAGAGAAAAAUCAACUUUUUUUAAAUUUGAAAGAAUAAAGUUUAUAAAAUUGUUUUGAUAAUGAUAUGGGAGAUAUACAUUUUUCAGCUUUAAAUUAUGCAGAGCUUUUGGAAUCUUAAUAAAAACAUGAAUUAAUAGUAAAUGCGACAGCUUAAUAAGUUAAACCAUUGAUUUUAGAUGGUUUUUUUAAGAAUUUAAAUAUAUAGAAUCCUAAAUAAUAGAUAAAUACAAUUAGAUAAUUUUUAAUAAAACCAAAUGCAAAAUAAUAUAUGGAAGUAAGUAAAGUUUCAGUUAAAUCAAAAAAUUAAAGUAAAGAGUCUUGUUAUUCAAAAAAUGAUUAAUAUGUGACUCCAUUUUAAUCAAACAUUAUGUAGUUAAAAUAAUUGUAAAAUUAAGACGUUAAAUUAUAAAACAAAUAAAAUUUUCAAUCAAAUUUAAAUGCUUAAAUUAGCAGGAUUUCAAAUAUGAACUCUGCUUUUGAUUUGCCUUUUGAAUUAGAAUCUUAAGCAAGUUGUACACCUUUAAAUGCUAAAAAAACCAUGUUAGUAUCAAAUAGGCCAGUAAAUAAAAUAGGAUUUGAAGGUGGAUGUAGAGAAAUAGAUAAAUAUAGUUAUAAUUCUAGAAAAGAAAUAAAAAAUUAAAAUUUAAGUGUUAAUAAAAAUGAGAUAAAUUAAUCUUAAUUAUUUUCUUAUUAAAAUAGAAGUGUUGAUCUUAGUAGAUAAUUAGGAUUCAGUAAUUUAUAUAAUUCAAAAUUAUUUAAUGCAAAUAAUUACUCAACAAAUCCUAAUAAUAAUUUAUAAUUUUCAAAAAUCUAAUCACUACAUGCAAGUACAAUAGUUGGUGAUUGGUUUAGUGAAUCUUCAUAAAGUAGAUUAGUGCUUUAACAAUAACAUAUGAGUUAAUAGUAUAACUGGAUAAUAUUCACAAAUGAAAAUAGCAAUAUGAGAUUUAGUAGAUAAAUUAAUAUAUAGAAUUUAAAAUUAUUGUGUGUUUAAAUAGAUUCAAACUUUUUUGAUGAUUAUGAAUGCAUUUUAUUGAGUGAUAAAUUUAAAAUAUUGAUAAUGGAAUAGAAAGAUUUAGUUAGUCCUGAAAUGCAUAUGAGAUUGGCAAAAGGUGAUGAAAGGGGAGCAAUUUAAGCACUUAUUAAUAAAAUGAAAAUAUAAAUGCAAUAAUUUAUGCUUUAAUAUAAUAGUAGAUAGGUCAUAGUUUUGAUUUAAUAUUAACAUUAAUUUUUUUUAAGAAUGUUAAUUGAAUACAUUUUUCCAUAACUAGGAUAAUUGUAGGAAUAAUAUAAAAUCACACCAUUUUAUUAGAUAGAAGAUUUACAAGAAAUUAUAUUAGAUUUAAUACAAAAUUAGGAGAAUAUAAGAUAUGAUAGAUUGAUAAAAGUACCAAAUGAUCUUAACAAAUUUAGAUCUAAAAUAUAAAAUAUUGAAUUUUCUAAUUUGGUUACGAUGAGAUGCUUAAAUCAAUUAUAUUAGACAUUAGUAUAGCAAUUAACAAAUUGA